UAUUGGCUCGUCACAACGUCGCAUCGUGUGCCGAAUUCUCGAAGUCAGACAAAGAAAUCCUAGUUUUCAUAAUGGCUCGAACACAUGUGUCACCGUUCAGUUAAUCGUGGGCUUUGGGUCAGUGAAGUGAUACGUAGACGAUUUAGACGAAGAUGCCGCGAGCCCAGGACAUCCUGUCGGGCGCGGUGCUGUGGACUACAAGUUUGAUAAUCCUUCAAAUUGUUGCCGAGAACUUUGAUUUGAAGCAAGUAACUGCUGAACAUUCGGGAAUAACUGGUGAUUUUCAUGUUUUUGAUCGAGCUAACUUCCUCAACGCGGAUUGGUCCCAAGAAGACCUCGUGAAGCUUAGGCAAGCGAUGAACGAGCACGUGAGUCGACUCAGAGUCGAGCUUGAAGAAUACAAUUUUUCUCCAAGAUCUCGUCGAUCAGAACGCACAACCAUACGAUCUCCCAGUGUAACGGGAAUGAAUCGUAUACCUAGGACCAACUUAAACGCAACUGCCAGCCAACUCGAAAUUCAGGGUACCAUCAGUUGUUUUGUCUGGAAUGGCGAAAGUUUCUGCAUUCUUGGCGGUACAAUAUUCGUAUUUAAAAAAGGCAAAGCGGAACCUUUUUUGAGUGGCUUACCAAUCGGCACAAACGACCACGUCAAAACGCAUGUUUACGAUGAUGUUAUUUUCCUGACCAUUUACAACAAGACUUCGUUGCGUUUGUAUUUGCUUGAAAGUCCUGGCUGGAUGACACUCAUUAGUAUCCAACACAUUACUGCUGAAGUACUAGAAGACUGUGUAUUUUUCGAAAAUCAAGGAACUCUGUACAUGGCAUUGGCCAUCCAACUCGGUACCAUGCAAUACGCUAGUAAUGCCGGCAUGCAGUGCGUAAUCUAUGAGUGGUUGGGGACAACUAUGGAUAUGAAACACUCGUUUCCGGCUCCCGAACUUAGGAAGAUAAGCGCCCUCCAGUCAAGCGAUUCUGUACAUUUAGUGUUGAUUCACGGAAACUCCUCCAUCCAUUUGAGGCGAUUUACCGAUCUCGAAGAAACGGAGCUGCUGGAGAUUAUCGAUAUUGAUCUUGAUCAUCUCUACCAGUUGGAUGCCUUUGUAAUGAAUUCGCAGUGGUGUCUACUUUUGGCGGGUUCUUCUGGUUCCGCUAAUUCCUUCAUCUACUGCUUGCAAGAUCAAAGGUUGUUACAGUGGCAAGUACUGCUGCACAAUCAAACAUUUAGCUCUGUUUCGUGGAUGCGUAUUCAACAAGAUGGAAUCCGUGAUGGUUACGAGUCAGUAAUUCUCAUCUUUAAUGCUUUCGAUUCUCAGAACCAGUUUGAGUUCUACGCCUCAGAUACAUCCGGUCACUUUACUCGCAUUUUUGUUUCACCUAAAUUCCCACUUGAUGGCCUUCCUGUUGCUUCUCUGGCUCUCUUAGAUGAGCCAAACUCUGCACAUCUUUACAUGAUCACCACCGUCGCGAAUAAAUUCUUUUUAGAAGGAUUUGCAAUCCAGUUGUCUGAACAAUUUCACGACGAGCCUGCAAUGGAUCCUUUGCUGCAAUGCCUUUCCGACGUGGAUUUCCUUGUUUCAAAGCGUGAUACCAGCGCUGUGGGCCACGUCGAAAACUUUAAAAACAACAUGGUACACUUCCAAGACAAUAUCACCAUUAACGGCACCCUCGUUAUAAGUCAAAUGGAUUAUUCUCAAACUCCAGUAAUAGAUACAGUCAAGGUAUUGUACAACUUUAGUGAAGAAUUUAAAAAGCCGAAGGAAUUGGAAAAUUCCAUGAAGGAAUUGGAGUUGGCGGCAAAGAAAAUCUCGAUGGAAUUACCUAGCUUGCUGUAUGCCACCAACUCUUCGUAUACAGGCCGUUUGCAACUAAAUGGAAAAGUAACGGCUGAUGAGAUCCUUAUCAAUCGAGCCUCUGUCAGAAACCUCAAUGGUCGAGUGUGGGAUGACUUUGUCCGUCAAGCGUGGCGCUACUCUUCACCUCAACAUACUAUUCGUCAAGACAUUCACAUCGGGGAAGUUAAAGCUGAAAACAUUUCAGUUGGCUCAACUGUAGGAGGUUCUCUACCCUCACGUUGGCUUCUUAAAACUGGCGGAGAAAUUACCGGAAGAGCUGAUUUGGCUACUUUGGAUGUCGGUGGUAACAUCACCAUCAAGAACAACUUAAUUAACGGUGUUUCCAUGUCUGACGUCCUGAAGAAGAAUGCACCGCAUGUUGUUCAAGGAUUGAAAAUCUUUGCGGCGAUGAAAAUCACAAACAACAUUUCCGCCGACAGCGUCAACGAGCGAGAUUUCAGGACAUGGGCAGAGAAGUUGGUUUUACAGAAAAGCCAAAAAGAGCAGCAUUUCACCGGAUUUGUUCAUUUGAAAGGGCCAGUCAAGGUUGUUGACCGCUUCCGCAGCGAUUGGAUAAAUGGGAUUAACAUAUCCACGCUCCCCGAAACACUAGUAAACAAGAAUGCUCACCAGAUUGUUACAGGGCCAAUCCGUUUCACCGGUCCACUCCUUGUUGACGAUGCCGAAGUGGAUUCUCUGAACUACGUCCACAUAGAAGAUCUAUUGAGUAAAUCAGGCCAACAAACCAUCAAUGCAACGAUAGACGUCGAUAACUUAGACGUGAUAGGCAAUCUUGUUACUCAAGAUAUUAAUGGGCAAGACGUGAAUGAUUUCGUGUACACCGAUGAAGAUAACGUGCAAGAAGUGUUGGGUCGAGUACAGUUUUCGGAUGCCCUGGUAGUAAAGAACUUGAUAAUAGCAAAUGGAACACUCAAUGGGCUGGACGUUAUCAAAUUGUUGAAUCCGCCAAGUUUGCGAAUCGACUCGCAAAUUCAGGCCAAUGGCGAUCUAACUGCCCACGCUGCGCAUGUCCAGGUGAUCAACAAUGUUGAGCUUUCGAAACUCCGCAAUCUCUACUGGACGAAAUCAACAAACCAGACCAUCGAUGUCAAUGUGAGAAUGCCGUUCGAAGUUAUUGUUAAAGAAAAUGUCACUACUCGGACCUUCAUGGAUCGUUUUCUCGAUCGGGAUUUUUACAAGAUUAAAGCCAACGAAACUUUCAAUGUCGACGUGACAUUUAAAGACGAUGUUACUAUGCAUGGUGACUUGAUCAUUCACGAUCUAAAGGAUAUCAACGGUGUAUUUCUUGCAGCUCUGGAUGAAGAUGUUGUGAAAAAGGAAGGAGAAUUCACAAUUCUUGGCACUAAGACAUUUGAACAGCUGACCAUUCACGGAAGUUUAAAGGUGGAAGAGACUUUUAACAAUCUCAUCAUUCCUCAAGAUAUAGCUUUUCUAAAUCAGCCCCAAACGCUUACAGGUAUUCAUUUCAGCUCCGACGUCAGUGCUGACGGCGAUGUACUCAGUUCUAACGGAAACAUCACACUUAAAACGAUGGCUGGCAUUGUGUUGGAUGACUUUGUCGCGUCCGCGGCCAUGAUUGACGAAGACGCUGUGAUCAACGGCAACAUAAAUUUCAAGCGACAUCUGGACGUCGAAGACCUAGUCAUUAAUCAUUUACUGAACGGGCACGACGUCAAUGACAUCGUACAAAAUGGUUUAAGGAAAGACAACAAGGAUGGCCUGGAGUGGCCUAGGCUUACAGUUCAUGGCAACUUAAAACUUAUGGACUCGAUCGAUACAAAUACUAUCAACGGUUAUGAUGUCGAUGAAUAUUUAAGCCAAGUGGUAGACAUGACAAAUCCCAAAAACAUCACUGGGAAGAAGAAAACAUCGCAUCCGACCACUGUCUUACAGAACGCCACCUUUAACUUGUUCAAUGGUGUUCCACUAGAUUUUUCUACGAUGUUGACAGCCUCUGAUGAUCAAACUAUUACCGGCGACUACACUUUUGAGCAUCUGAUGGCCCAAAAUAUUGACUUGCGUGCCAUCAACGGAAGAAACCUCAGCGAUUUUGUCCAAACAUCUGGUACUAAAGACGUCCAAAUAAUAACCGGAGUUGUGGAUAUCGAGCAUGUGACUGUCGAAAAUUCCCUCAAAAUUGAGAAUCACGUUCUCAAUGGUUGCAACUUGACCGACUACCUCGAUGUAACCAAUUUUACUCACUUCGAGAGUUUGUCGAUACAAAACGGAAUGUUGCUACUAGAUCAACCUGCUGCUAACAAUCCCCAUCUUGCUAUUAUUUCGCUCAAGACUUUGAGAAAGGAUCGACCGCAAGUUGUGACCGGCAAUGUUUCACUCCUGUCUGACAUUAUCAUGGAUAAACUUAACGUUUCAGACAACCAUCUGGGUCCGGUCGAUUUGAACGAAUUUUUACAUGGAUCUAUGCUGAAGUCCACCGAACAAAAUGUAUCAGGCACAAUCAAAUAUCUAAACGGCAUUGAAACAGAUCGUGUUGAGCAUGUUGGCCAUCUCAAAGUGAAGAAUUGGAAUGGCAAAGACGUCAAAGAAAUGAUAGAUCAAGUGGUAUUGAAAACAGGAAAUCUGACUGUUAGAGCAAAGAAGACGUUCCUUGGCGAUUUGGACAUUCAAGGAAACCUUCAAAUAAGCGGGUAUAUUGAUGGUGUCCCGGUAAAUACUUUGGUGAAAACCAAUGAAUCUCAACUACCCCCGGGAACAAAAUUCAAUUCUUUGGUUGUAAAAGAGCAGUUGAAUGUCGCUAGCGGUAUUAUUGAUGGAGUCAACAUUACUUCCAUGUUCCAACAAAGAGUUCCUCUCAGAGGCAAUAGUACCAUAAAGAGCAAUAUAGUCUUCACAAAUGCGGUCACUGCUGAUAACAUUAGCGCGAAGCAAAUCAACAAUCUCAAUAUGAGUGAUGUGGCGCUGAGAACAAUGGCACCCGGUCAAGUCAUCACAGGAAAGAAGAAUCUUAUUGGAUCUAUGCACAUUGAGGGUGACAUAAACGUUGAUUUGUUGAAUGGUCGGAAUCCUGAAGAAAAUGCAGCUUUCAUAGUCUUGAAAGACCAAGAUGCCGAGUUCCAACAAGGAGUGGCUUUCAUCGGUGGAUUAACAGUCUUGAAAGACGUCAACGUUACAAAUUACAACGACCAGAACCUGAAUCAGCUACUUGCUAAUGCAAGUACCGAGAUCGUUGUUCCAGCGAUUGAACCGAAAACCAUUUUUGAAAGAACACCAGCGCUUCCAUUACUACUCUCCUUGCAAAAAUCGGCGGGAAAGUUAUCUAGCUUCGAGUUCUUUGAACAGAUCCAACAGUUUCCUUUCAGCUUCACUCGUGGCUCAAACUUCUCUAUUCAGAUCCAACAUUGUCCCAUUCCUACUAGGAAGCAAAGCAGUACUAGCGACACCGCAGCUGGCAUCCUUGUCGCUACUCAUUCAACAGAUGGAAACAGCUGUAAGCUGAAAAAGUUUUGCCGGUGCCAUCGCUCGAUAACACUUCCUUCGGACACGAAUGGUUAUGUCAACUCACUUCGAAUGCCGAUACGACUGAAGGAUUAUUUGGAAGAAAAAAUGGUUUACGGCGAUAGAGUGCGACUGUUACACAGCCGAGACUACCUGUUUGUCUUUUCCAUAGAGAGCCUUCCUAAUUGCUUAACAGAAAAGGUUACCAUAGCUGUUGUCAAUCCGUUGACAUUCAAAGUGCUAAAAGAAACAGUCUUCGAGUUGAACGAUACGGUAAUUGAUUUAGCUUUGGAGCAACGAAAUAGCGAUGGAGUGGUCGUUCUAGCCAUAGGUCAGAAAAGCGCUGGCGUUUGGAUAUAUACUUUUGAUGGCGACACGCUCCAGUCCCAACAAUUAAUUGCAACGGAAAGAGUGGCUUCCAUUCACUUGACCAGCCAUAAAAAUACGACAUUUUUAGCUGUUGCAUCGUACGGUCUCGAGGCUAUAUCAUCCAUUUGGAAUGCUAGUGAUUCGGGAAAAUUCGAAUAUAUGACGGAAGUCGUCACAUUUGGUGCUACGGAUGUUAUAUUUACGAAAUUAAACGAUGGUGUCUUCGUAACAUUUUCUCAGGACCCGUCGAGUAUUGAAGCUUACUCGGAUAACUGGUCGCAGUUUAAAGUUCCCGCCCAAGUAUUGAUGUACUUUCCCUCGAUUGGAAACUUUGGAGUAGUUCAGCAAUUGGACGUUGACAGGAUAAUUAGUUUAACUAAUCUAGUCAUCAAUGGCGACACGUUCUUGGCAGCGGCAACUUUUACAGGCAAGGUGCGGAUCUACCGGUUAAUUCAAGGACAAGGUUUCCAGGUGGAGCAAGCGUUCAAAUAUCCCGGCGUAAGGUCUAUUACUGGCUACUCCAUUCGAAACGAGACCUUCUUGGCGGCAGCCACUGAAACUCGCAUGGCAAUUUUUGUGGCUCGUUUACGCGGCUUUCAAAAGCCGUCUGUUAAGUUAUGAACAAAUUUUCGCACAAGCACUUGCACACAAAGCACUUGUUUAUUGUUACUCGACAUUUGAGAAACGCGUCAUGCCAUUUCUCACAGUAAUUAUGUUUUUCCCUGUUAAAAGUUUUGCAUGAAAAGAAAAUGUGCUCAGGAAAUUAAAUUUAUGUUCACAUGUU